AUGAACCGAAUAUUAGUCGCUGGCAAGGUGGGUGUGGACAAAGUGCGGCUUGUCCAGCAAGUGUUCUCCAUCAAUGACAGAGAUUUGGCAGAGGAUGUAUCUCAGAGUGGCCUAAUUGUGGACGAUGUUCCAAUCGCAACGAAGUAUUAUAAAACAUCGGUCUGUAUCUUCGUUGACGAGUUUGAGUCUGCUGAGGAAUGGUUUAAUGAGCUUUAUACCCCAGAAGCCAAAAUACUUCGAGAAGAGAUACAGGGGCUAAUAAUUUGUAUCGAUCUUCAAACCACAAGCUACGAAGAAAUCGAAAAGAUUGAACAAUAUCUACAGCGCCUGGCGACUCAACUGGACGACGAAUAUACUGAAGAUUGUGGAGAGCCCCAAUGGGAUGGGUUCAAGCUUGUCGUUGGAUUUGAACCACAAGAGGCCGAGGAAUUCUAUUACGAUAUGUUCAUUAUGUCAGGAUUUGAGUAUAUUACUUAUGAUCAAGAACGGAUCCGCGAGUCAGUUCAGACACAUAGAUGGCGAUUCUUACAAGAGCGAAAAAAAGCAAGCAAAUCAAGUAAAACUGCUGUUGAUUACACGCAACCUUUGCUGGAUCACGGUAAUGAGAAGUCUCUAGACGUUUUGCAGCUUGUAGAGAAAAUGAAACUGGCGCGCAUUGAUGCUUCACGUCUUCCCGAAGACCAGAAGCAUGAUUUUGCACAAACGAUAUCCGAGAAAAUACUCGACUACCUUGAAAAUGGUGAAAUAUAA